AUGCUCCCCGCCACGCCCGGCUGGCGUCUCCUCUCGGCCCUCUUGCUCCUCCUGGCAAGCGGCGUCGUGGGCUUUGCCAGUGCCCAGGAGGACCUCACCCGCAUCACGAGUGCCAGAUGCAAUGCCCCCGGCGAGGCCCUGAACCACGAGUAUUGCUACCCGAGCCUGCGCCGGUGCCUCCGCGCCAAGUACGAAUCCGGCGACCUCAAGUGCCUCCAGUACAGUAGCGCCUAUCGCCUGGUCGAUGGCUAUGCCUUCCUGGAUAAGGAGCUCCCCGACUUGGCGGUGUCCAGCGCGAAGCUCCUGCAAAUUGGCCCGGCCCACUGCUGGAACGUGGUGCCCGGCAACCACAAGCAGUGUGCCGUCUGUCGGUUCCAAGCCGCCGGCGAGGGGUUCUGCCACCCGGAGCCCCUCGACCUGCCCGGCUGCCAGGUCCUUGCCCAUCCCCACAUCAAUGAAGAUUGCGCCCAGUGUGCCCCGGGGUACUGGCUGAAUGCCGACCGGCGCUGUGUCAGUGCCUGCCCCACGGCCGACCAUCUCCCCUGCGGCGACCACUGCAUCCCCCGGCGCCUGGUGCCCGAGGGCUUCGACUGCGCGGCCUGGCCCAUGUCCCGCCACGCGGCCCCCACCGACGAGGUGUUCGCCCGCCCGGAGUAUGGCCAUCUGCUGAAGUGCAGCCGCCCCGGCGUGUGCUUCCAGUGUCAUGACUCGUGCGACGAGUGCGCCGGCCCCGGAGCCAAGGAUUGCACCCGGUGCCCGGCCGGGCGCUUCCUCCUGGCACACAGCACCAAGGCCUUCGCCGCCCAGGGCCAGCCCGUCCACACGGGCGCCUGUGUCCGGGGCUACGGUGCCCACGGCGACCCCGAAGCCGAGCCCCAAUGCCCGGCCACCACGGUGGACAAUGGAGCCGGCACAUGCCUCGCCUGCCCGCGCAAUUGCCUCCACUGUGACCCGACCAAUCCGGCCCGGUGUCUUUCCUGCCUGCGGGGCUUUUUCGCCCAUCCCGACGGCUCCUGUGGUCACACCUGCCCCCCCCAGACGACCAAGGAUUCCCUGGCCGGCCGGUGUUCCCCCUGCCUGGAUCCCAAGUGCGAGCGGUGUGCCCACGAAGACCCGAGCAUCUGCCUCAGCUGCAAGACCCCCAACCAUGUGCUCCAUCAAAAUGCCUGCCGCACCACCUGCCCCGGGGCCACCUACAAUCGCUUCGGCAUUUGCUCCCCCUGCGAUGUGGACUGUGCCCUGUGCACCGACAAGUACACCUGCUACCGGUGCUACCCCUCCUUCAUCCUCGGAGCCGAUGAGUGCUACUCGCCCUGCGGCUCCGGCACCACGUGGGACUUCGACCCGCUGCCGGCCCAGCAACAGUGCCAGCCCUGCCACGAAAACUGCGCCCAAUGCCACCUGUACACCGACAACUGCACCGUCUGCCGGGACGGCAUGCUGCUGGUCCUGCCGCGCGAGAAGAAGCAGCGCCAGUACUGCGUGGCCCACUGCCCGGAGGGCUUCUACCAAGUCGGCAAGCAGUGCCUGCCCUGCCUGGACCCGGGCUGCGCCACCUGCACCAAUGCCACCAACUGCACCGCCUGCAAGUUCGCCCACGCCCUCUUCGGCGACAGCGAGUGCUUCACCACCUGCCCGGAGGGCUUCUACAAGUAUGCCAAGGCUUGCCUCCCCUGUGGCGGCGGCUGCGGCACCUGCUACAACGGCCUGGGCAUCGGCUGCAUGCAGUGCACCGCCAGCCCCAACCACAUCCCCCGGGUCAAGCAGCUGGACCCGGCCAGCUCCUUCGAUAUCACCCCGGCCGCCCGGUGCACGGCCGAUGCCCUCACCCAGCCCGGCUGGGGGCUCUUCUACCAGACCCAGAAGGACCGCUUUGCCGUGCCGUGCCCGGACCAUUGCCUCCACUGCUUUGUCAAACACCCCCACCACCCGGAGCAGCGUGCCCUCCAGUGUGUGGCCUGUGCCCCGGGGUACACUCUCUCGGCGGAUGGCCUGAUGUGCGAGGCUGACUGA